CAAACUGUUACUGUUCGUAAUAUGAUAUGAGCGUAGUUUUGCGUAUCAAAUGGCAUACACAAUGAAAUUGCAUGCAUUGUUAAAGUUAUGUUAUAUCAAACAAUAUUCUGAUUUUAUUUUUAUAACUUUUGAUAUAACUAGCAUAAAAUUUAUAAUUUUGUCCAUUCUGUCAAUGUUUUUGGAAUAAGAAUUUAUCGGCAAACUUAAAAUGAUAAAACGUGUAUUUAUAGCUUGCUUAUCAGUAAAAUAAUUAGAAAACGUUUCAAAUAUUCAUGUUUUGGAGAUAACUCUUGACAAACAUCCAAAACUAGGAUGCCGACGCAUGUGCAUCUUUAGGUUUAGGCCCCUUCUGGGCUGUGAUAAAAAUACUUCCUACCUCUCAAAAACAAAAAUUGGUAACAUCUUGAGAAAAUAACACUUCUUAUUUAAUCAAUGUUUAAACAAUUACUGGAACGAUAUCAAUUAAAAGUGCGCAAAAAUAACUCCAACAUUAAUCGGGAAACCAGUAAUGAGUUGUAUGCUAAUAGAUAUGUCUUGUAACCUUGGCCAUGACUAAUAGUAUAUGUAUACCACCAGAUAGUCUAAUUCAUUCGGCUUAUCGGAUUGCGUUAGUUGCCAAACUGGUGUUAGGAUUAUAAUGAAAGAUCAAUUGACAGUUAUUUAUAAUUAAGACAGUCAUUCUCUGGUAGUAUAUUGUAUAUUUUAAUAUACAUUUUGUAUUUGAUAAUCACACCACAGUAGGUUCCCAAUGGAAUUUAAUUAGGCGCCGUUCAAAAAUAAGAUUAAAUUUUGAUGAAAAGGACAGCAUGUGCCAUAGACUUUACAAUGGAGGCAACUGAUGCAAAAGAAAAGACAAAAGAAAGUUUAAAUGACAGGUUUGAGGACAUUAUCAAUAUAUAUUUGUCAAUUCUCGAUCACCAGCAAAAUGAAAUUUAUAACGUGCGUAUGAUGCAUCAUGAAGUUUGGAGAGAUGUGCACCAAGUUACAGGCAUCUCAGAAACACGCGCCGGAAGUAGAGUCGAGAGAUAUACCAGGAUUUUACCGAUUGGUUCCAAAUCCGAUGUUGAUUACAAACUUUGCGUUGAGGGUGUGGCCAUUGACAUGCAUGAGGGUAGAAGGCUGUAUAUUGAGUCUUCUCCCUCCAAGGCGUAUUGCAAAUUGUAUAUCACAGACAAAGGAAUGGCCGUGUUGGAAGAAAAUGAAUUGCUCUCAAAACUUUUUAGACAUUCAAUUUUCAAAUGCCAGAAAUCUGAAAGAUAUAUGGUGAAGCCAGCAAUAUUUAAAACUAAUGUUGUAGAACACUGCAAAUUUGAGAUGCGGGAAACAGGUGAACAAAGGUCACCAACAAGCCCAGCUGUGAGCGGAGAAGGAGCCCUUAAUCCUUAUGAUAUAGUCCCAUGCUUGAUGUUCAAGAGUUGGCCUAACUUUAUAAGGAAGACAGUUUUGGAUAUGUACAUCUUAAAAUCAAGUAAAGAUGUCCCUUUACCAGUUUUUAUAGUACCAACAGGGAAUCCAUUGUCUGAAACCAGAGAUCUUGAGUGGCGGCUAUCAUUCGCCGUACUAGAAAUUGAGAUUUUUAGACAAUUGAAAAGUCAUCAAAGGCGUCUUUAUGGUCUCGCAAAAUACCUAUUUAAAGUAGUUUUCGAAGACCUGGAACUUAUUCAGUCAUAUCAUUUAAAAAUCUUGUUUCUACGAAAACUUGAAGACGAUGACCUGACAAAUGUAAAGCCGUUAUCAUUUUUAACUAGCUUUUUCAAAUAUGUCCUGGAAGCUAUUGAAAAUCAAUUUGUUCCACACCUGUUCAUUGAAAACUGUAAUAUAUAUCCAGUUCACUACCAUUCUGAUAUGAAAAAAGAACAGUUCCGUUUAAGGGUCGAAAAUAAUAACUUUCUAUCUGUUAUGAGAAAAAAAAUCAAGACAAUAAUAUCUCAUGACACAAAUACAGAUAUUGCGGAAGAGGAAUGUUGGUUAGAAAAUACGAAACAGGCGUUAGGAAAUCGUCAAGAGGCCGGUCUAUCAGAGGUUUGGAUUGCAGGAUAUCUUACACGUCUCCUGAGCGUAAUUGUAUAUUGUCUUCGAAAAAGUCUAUUCCAGAAUAAAUUUCAAAAUGCUGUCAAAAACCUCGUGAAACUGGUGCAUGCUAACCACCACGACAAGUAUAUCAACAGAGCUGUUCCGUUCAUUACGUGCUUGUUAAACGAUGUUUAUCGUAUUGACGUAUUUACUGACUUUGGAACUCAGUCAGUAAGGUAUUGUGAUAGAGUAAGUUUUGCUAUUCACAGAGCAUUUUACUGUUACGAACGGAACGAUGUCGACGGUGUUCACCAGUAUCUCAUUGAGGCUGGAAACACAGAAAUAAACUCAGGCACUUCAGGGAUAGCUGUCACUAAAUUCCACAAUGGAAUUGAUCAGUCCCUUGAUUUUGCUAUUUGUUACUGCCAGAAGAAACUAAAUUCAAACCGUUUUUAUCUCUGCCCAAACGUUAUGCGAUUACAUUUGAUAAUUCAGCUGCGAAUCAGAAAAAUAAAUGAUCAGUUAGAACAGGCACUAAAACAGAAAGGAAAAGAGUGUGAUACUUGUUCACAAAAGUCAUUCACUGACGUGAAGAAAAACGCCAAGAGCGUGAGGACAUUUGACCUAGAAACACAUCAAUCAGUCAAUGAUAUAGCCGAACUGCUUACUGAAUUGGCAAACGCUGCAGAUACAGCAAGUGUAAGAGAACCAUUCACAGGCAAAUUGUCGUAUAAACACAAUAGUUUCUUGCUUUUAAAGGGCUACAGGGAGCAGUUGUCCGGAUCAGCAUAUCAGGCUUUACGUGAAAUUCCACUUAUCUUCAACCAGGAUUUUUCUUUAUAUGAAAAGAAGGAGCUAGCAACAAAUUUUGAUCUUAGAUAAUGUAUCAAUGUAAAAGAUCUAAUAAAUCAAAGUAACCUUAUAAACUCAUAUCUUACUCAUAUUUUGUGCUAUUCACACAAAAGAAUAUUGUGUUUCACACAGUAAGAAAAUGCAUUUAUAAAUAUCCUGUCUGCGUAGGACUUUGUUUUGCAUAUAAUGUAUGCCGCUAUGUACAAGAAAAUGGACAGUGGAAGACACAUCAAUGUACAUAAAGAUGACCGGGUAUUUAUGUUUACUUACACGUAAGUCGACAGCAUAUCACAUGAGCUUGAUGAGGAUACGUCAGUUUUAUUUUAAGACACACCGAGUAUUCACUUUAGUGCGCUUAUCAUAUAAGUUUUGUAUGCGCUUUAAAUUUCAUUGUUUUUUUCUUCAAAUAUAAACAUUGAAAAUUAUGAUCGAACUGAAACGAUUCAAUAAGUAAUUUUCAUUUUUGAAAGUUGUUAAAUUUUCUUAUUUAUUCCAAUAAUCUUAGUAUGCUAUGGUAACGUUUUUGUUAGAAAAUGGCUUAACAUGCUUUAAUUAUUGAAUCCGGUUGUUGAAUCUAUUCAGUCUCAUGCACAGACACAACCAAACCCAGUUUGUUAUUUCUCAAGCUGCGUUUUGUGUUUCUUAAUAUUUUUUUACAGAUUUCAUUAAUUGUAAGUUGUUAGAGUUUCACAUUCAGUGCUAUAAUUUAGUUUCAGAUUCAGAAGUUAUUGGACGUUCGAAGUCAACCAAUGCUAUAAUACGAUAUUACUUGGGAGCUACUUUCAUAGAUUCAAAAAAUCUAGAUUAUCUUCAAAUUUAAAGCUGUUGAUGUUAUCUGUUUGUCCGUCCUCAUUUAGUAUCUUCUUUAUCUUUUGCUAUACGGUAAUUUUCUUCUAUCUUUGCAAAUAAAUUAUUUAUUAACAUCAAAUAAAUCACUCAUGUUUGAUAUUUCAGGUCCCAGUUUUUCAUAAGAGUUAUCUUUUAUUGUUUUUGUUGACUUAUUAUAUUGUACUUUUAGUUAUCUCCCUAUAAUUGGUUUACCAGUUCAUGUUUGUUGAUAACCGAUUUCAAUUAUCUAUGAUAACGUGGUUCAUUUAUAUUAAUCAGUUAAAAUUUAAACAUUAUGUCAGUAUACUUUCCGUUACGUAACCUGUUUAAAUACAUAUCAUAAAGUAUAAAUAGAAUUAAAAAAAAGAACGUUUAUCUAUGCAGGUGUGCAAUCUGUACAAUGGGCUAAUUUGUUUUAAAUACACAUAUUACAUUUAUACCUGUUUAAUAUUGUAUUGAUACGGUAGUGUUUAAAAAUAUGCAUUGUUACACAUUUUGUAUUACUAUAUCUGUUUUUUUCGUACUCAAAGUUGCUGUACUUUGUAUGGUCAUGACAUUGUGAUGUAAAAUAUACAUUUAAAAUUAA